GAAACAACUAUUGUCUAUUGUUCUGUUGGCGGUGACUAUUGUUGGGAUGAUAACGUUAACGAACGAAUAUAAUAUAUAGUAUCAUUAAUACUUAAAAUAUGUAGAAUUUUAAGUGGGCAAUAACGAUUAAAUUAUAUUACAAUACCAAUUAACUACGACACGCACGCACACACACGCACAUACACACACACACACAUACAAUAAUACCCAUUCAUUAAAUCCAUACCUACAUUUAGUGAUAUAUGUGAAUUAAUUAUUGUAAUACUGUCGAACCUAAAUUGUAGUUGUAGGUACAUGCAGUGAUUACUAUAAUAUUAUAUUAUUUAUAAAUUAUCAAUUAUUUACAAACGUCUUCUGAUGUGGUGAUUUCUAAACAUAUCACACAGUACAGCAUUCUCUGUAAUAACAAUUAACAAGCAAACACAAAGUGCUGACUUGUGUUAUGAUCAAUAAUGGAAUACAAUCGGCCAAAUAACUAAUGUAUAAUUUAAAACAUAAUAUUAUUUUAAUACUAUCAUGGCUGAACUUUUAAAAAUCAAAAAAAGAAAAAUGGCUUUCAACAAAGAUUGUGAUGAAAAUGAAGCUGUAACUAAUUUUCGCGAAUAUUUACGUAUUCCCACCGUUCACCCUGAUGUUGACUAUAGUAAAUGUGUUGAAUUUCUAUUGCGUCAAGCACAAAGUUUAAAUCUUCCAUCAAAUAUUUAUUAUAUGGCCCCUGGAAAACCAAUAGUAGUUAUAACAUGGCUUGGACAAAAACCAGAACUUCCUUCUAUACUACUUAACUCUCAUACAGAUGUUGUUCCAGUAUAUCCUGAAUGUUGGACUUAUGAUCCAUUUUCUGCACACAAAGAUAAAAACGGAAACAUUUAUGCCAGAGGAUCACAAGAUAUGAAAUGUGUUGGAAUACAAUAUAUAGAAACAAUACGAAAAUAUAUAAAAGAAAAAUUAGUUUUUGAUAGAACUAUACAUAUGUCAUUUGUGCCUGAUGAAGAAACAGGUGGAGAUUUGGGAAUGAAAUUGUUUGUUGGGUCACCUGAAUUUGCAUCAUUAAAUGUUGGUUUUGCAUUAGAUGAAGGAUUAGCUAGUAGCGAUGACAGUUUCAGCGUAUACUAUGGAGAGCGAACUUUAUGGCAUCUUCAAAUAAAAUGUUCUGGUACACCUGGACAUGGUUCGUUAAUACAUGAAAAUACAGCUGGAGAAAAGUUACAAUAUAUCAUAAACAAAUUUAUGAAUUGGAGGGAGCAUGAAAAAUUAAGGAUGAAAACUUGUAAAUUGAAUGUUGGAGAUGUAACAUCAAUAAAUUUAACAAUGUUAAGUGGAGGAUGUCAAGUAAAUGUGGUGCCACCAGAGUUGUCAGUUAGUUUUGAUGUAAGAUUGAGUAUUGCUGUAGAUCCUACAACAAUAGAAAACAUUGUUAGAAAAUGGUGUAAGGAAGCUGGUGAAGGUGUAUCUUUAGAAUUCAUCAAUAAAAGCGCAUUCAUUCAGCCUACACUACUUGGACCAGAAAACCCAUGGUGGGUUACAUUUAAAAAUGAAUGUGAUAAAAUGAAUUUAAAAACAAAAACAUAUGUAUUUCCUGGUGCAACAGAUAGUAGAUAUAUUAGAGAGGUUGGUAUUCCAGCUUUAGGAUUUUCACCAAUAAAUAAUACUCCUAUUCUUUUGCACGAUCAUGAUGAAUUUUUGAAUGAGAAGACAUUCCUGGAUGGCAUAGAUAUUUAUUAUAAUAUUAUUAAGAGUCUUGCAUCUGUUUAAAUUACAACUAUUUAUUUUAUCUUCAUAUGUUAAUUAAUUUUAAAAAUGGAAAUUAUAAUAUGUGUUAUUAAUUCUAAGAAUAUUAUUUCUUAUUUUACUUUAUAAAAAAAAAAAAACCAACAUAAAUUGAAUAUUAAUUUUAGUGACAUGAAUAUUUUUGUUCCAAAUGUGAUAUAUUUAAAUAAUAUUU